AAUUUUAUGCCAGACAAGAAAUGGAGAAAAAAGAGGAGCACAAAAGCCCAACCCUACAUCUAUUCUCGGCCAAGCAAAGCAUUUUCUCCCUUUCCAGAAAUAACAUCUGUCGUCCCAACUCCCACUGUGACUGCGCUGCGCUGAAUCACUCAUCCCACUAGCAUUUCUCUCACUCUGAUGAUAAACAUGUGGUUAAUCUUUAAAUUGUUAAACUUGUGUCCUCUUCUUCUCGGCUUCAACGAGUUAUAAAUAAUUAAGAAGAGUUAUAAAAGCGGUCCAUUAUCACUUGUGACGCGGAUUUAAUUUUCCUCAUUUUGUAAGGGACGCAGAUGCAUCACUUAUCAGUUAAAAGCAAUGUUGUUGAUACAGGUGCCGAGACCAGGCUUGGCUACGGAUGCAACAAUCCUCCCCUCUGUCCAAAGCCUCGCCGGCUUGGAUCUUCUGUUCCUGAAUUUCUCAGGACCUUAGGAUGCAACAGUCAGAGUCAAAUGAAUUCUGAUGGAAGAAGUGGAACUCUCAGCAUGAUUACAACCGAAAAGACAAGGGAUGAGGGAGAAUCUUUGUGCAGUAAUGGAUGCUCACUUUCCUUCUACUCGGGAUCUCCUCCGGGCAGAACCAGUAACCCUUUGGUUCAUGAUGUACAGUUCGUUCAUCAGAUGGAGCAUUAUUCUCCAUUAACCAGAACAAAACUGCCUGAUCGAUUCGGUUUCACCUCUGCCUCUCCAGCAUGAGAGCCUGAAAUUUUGGUGGAUGACAUCAGACAAGGAAAAUGAGUUCUUUUCGGUUGAGACAACCCGUUUUGAGGGUUCUUUUUGUAGUAUUGGCUUAGAGUUAGCGUGGACUGUCAAAAUUGUGAGCUUUCCUAUGUAAAUAUAUGCGAUAGCUGAUGAGGGUGAAAUGUAUUCUUAUUCGAAGUAUAUAUACUAUUA